UCUCUCUCUUCACAUUUUUUCGUAUUGCUCUGUCUUUCGUAUAUUUUUGCAUUUGUUUGUUGAAUAUUCAGUGCUUAAUUAAGUUUAAAAUAAUCCAGUGUAAUAAAAAAUAAAUGUUUUAGUGUCACUUUUAAGCAGAAAUGUUGAAAAGUAGCAAUUUGGAAAGUAUUAUUAAUGAUGUGGAAGUGGAAGGUCAGCAACCGAGGCCUGAUGAUUUGCCGCAACUUCCCUUGACGCUGGAUACAAAGAGCUCAAAUGGAAAUGGGAUGACUACAGCACAAGGGAACAUUACCAACGCACCAGCGUUAAAUGAUUGUGCCAAAAACAACAAUACUGACGAUUACAAUGCUAAUCGUAUGCCAAUAACAAAACAAACAACUGAUUCAUUGGUAACCAAACAGUUGACAGUAGGUUUAUUACAAAUUUUCGAGCCACCACUAGCAAAAGCGCGAGGCCAGCUGAAAGAACUUAUUGGUAAACAGAAUAAAAUAUACAUUGAUUUGUCGGCAGAGAAAUUCAAAUUAGAUAAUGCUGAAACGGCGAAGUUGCAUGAAAUGAUGAACAAUGUGAAAAUAUAUCGCGAGAAAUUGGUGAAGAUUAAAAAACAAAUGCAGAGCAUUUACCAGCGCACCAAAGUUUUGAAGAAACGCGCACUCAACGUGCAGGCCUGCAAACAAAAAGAGCUGCAACGCAAAUUACAGAAACAACAGCAAGAAGAAGCCCUAAUAGGCAAGCAACAGCAGCAGCAGCAGCAACAGCUACAGACACAAACGUCACAUCAAACGCAGUAGAACGAAUCAAAAGUGUAUUUGCUAGAAUUUUCGGAAUGCUGAUAUUAAAUAUUGAAAGACUUGCAUAUUGUUUUAGUCAAUAAAAAGUAGAUUUUUAUAUAUUA